AUGCUGCGCGGCCGAAGAGUUGCCAAGAAGUGCAUUGUGCUCUGGACGUCGGUGUUCAACUUGGUACUUUGUAGCUCUGCAACCGAGUGGUGUAGAAGAGGGAAAAACACAUGCAGAGGACAAUGGGCCAACCUGCUAGAAUCUGACUGGAGACUCGCAAGUUAUACUGGCGAAAGCGGCAUCGACUACUUUUACGACUGGGACAAGGAUGGAAUUCCUGACAUAAUUCAUGUUGAGAGGAGCCCCGGAGGGGCAGCAGUCAUACGUUACUUUCACCAUGCGGGCCAAAACAACUUGAAUGUGCAAGUUGGGAAUUCAACGCCCGAUGGCCUCAAGCUCGCAUCAUGGGAGUCCUGGCAGUUUGUCGACACCGCCGAUUGGAAACACGAGGGGCGCUCUGGAGUGCUUUGCUGCCACAAGCGCAGUGAUGGCCUGGAGGUGCUGGCAUGGGUGGACAAUUUGGCCCUUCAAGGUGGAGGAAUCUGCGGCAGCCAAUCUGGAAGUGAAGUGCUUGUGGCAUUUGGGAGGUCAUCAGGGACAACCCGUUGCCAAGUUCCCUCUGCGGUUGACUGGGACCAUGAUGGACGUUUGGAUUUGCUCCUGGGUUCACCUGACGGGCACGUGCGCUUCCUUCGACGCCAGGUAGACGACACUCUAGAAGAGCAGGAGCUGCUCGCCGAGCUGGGCAGUGCAGUCGUGUCGUUGCAGGCAGUGGACUGGGACGGAGAUGGAGACCUUGACCUUUUCGUGGUGACUCGAUAUCAGAUCUACCUCUGUGAACGCUUGUCUACGGGCCACUUGCAGUUGCUAGCUGGAGCAGAGCUGCCAGGCCAGCUGAGAGUUCCUCCGACCAAUGGAGCCUGGUGGAGGCACAGCUUCGCCGACUGGAACGGUGAUGGUCUCCAAGACAUGAUCUCCUGCGCCGUGAAAGGUUUCUAUCAUGCAUGGAGCGAAUGCACGCUGUGGCUUCGCUCGAAGGAGUGGCUCGGGAAGGAACUUCCCAUACCCAAUAGUGCCUUCAGUCGAAUGGAAGCAUACAAAGCAGACAACUUUUUUGUACUUGAUUGGAACGGUGACGGCAGCUUAGAUCUCUUGAUGAGCGCUGACAAUUCGCUCCAUGUCUAUACUCGAUUGAACAGCGGGGAGCUAGAUGGCAUGCCCACGAUGAUUGAGCAACCUUGUGGCAGACGCAGACGCGAUGCAUUCCGUCUUUCGUUUGUCAAAGACUGGGACGGUGAUGGCAAGCCGGACUUGAUUUGCGUUGCUCGAAACCAAAGCGUGGCUAUCUCGAAGCAGUCGACAGGCUUUUCGUUUUCCGAGCUCUCCAUUAUAGUUGAUCUUGCCUCCUUGGGCGUUGCCGAGACGUGGCCAAACGGCACUUGGCGCUAUUACUUUCGCGCUGCUGUGUCAGACGUGAUGGAUUGGAAUGGUGAUGGCUUGCAAGAUUUUCUUCUCACCUCAGGUGCCGUGCUGCUGCAGACAAGAAUGGCGGGAGAAAUGUUCAAGAUUCUGCACAGCGUUGUCCCUGGAACGAGUGUCUUGGAUGGAAGCAUUUUGAAAGCUGCCGAUUUCAACAAGGAUGGACUGCUAGAUGUGGUCAUGGUUGCCGAGGCGAAAGGACAGGCAACUGUAUUCUUGCAACUAAAUGGGUCCCUUGAAGAAGCUCAAACUCUGAAGUUCCAGGCAAGCGCACGAAGGAGGAUACCCCCUCGUGCAGUCCAAGUCGUGGAUUGGUAUGACAGUGGCGUUGCAGAUGUGCUGAUAGGAGAUGGAUUUGGACAUUCUCACCAGGGGGUAGAUACACUCAUUGGCAUCUCCAUCAGAAUGCUUUCAAGUAGCUGCGUCGCCAAGGCUGCAUGCAACUAUGCUGGCGUUUGCAGCGACCGCACCAGUCUGUGCAGGUGCGAUGAAGGCUACAUUUCGAGCGGCGACUGCGCUGCGUGCGCUCAGGGCUAUUUUUCCAGCGGCGCCCCACUCCAGAGGCAGUGCCUGCCUUGUGCUGGCCGAUGGAGUGGCAAGAGCUGCUCUGGAAGAGGCACCUGCUUUGACGAUCUUUCGGCAAAGUCACCUGGAAGUUCUGACUACAAAGCUGGCAAUGGCUCCUGUGCUUGCAAUGAUGCACGCUUCUAUGGGACAGACGAGAGAGGCCUACGAUCCUGCAAUCUCGGAGAAUGUGGAGCUUGGCAGCAGGAGGUGGGUGGCCAAUGCAGGCCCAACCUGAACUACCUGAUCAUGUUGCUCCUUUUUGCGGCGCAGGUGUUUGGCAUGUGGAUGUUGCUUUAUCCAGUCGUUGCUGGCAGUCCCAUGGCCAUUGAGGACAUUUCGCUGGACUCUGGAGUUGUGGUCGUGACCACUGCCUCGUCUCAUGGCUUGCUUCGUCGGCCCGUGCUGCCAGCAAAGGUUCGCUUCUCUCAAACGGGUCAUCCUUUGUUGGACUCCAAGGCCUUCUAUGCCAAGCCAAUGCACUCACAGAAGAAUCGAUGUGUGCUGUUGGAAGCCCCGGGUCGUGCCAUGACCCGCAGGGCAGAUGCUUCAAUGGGAUGGUUGAUGAUCUCACGUACCAGGGUUGCGCUUUGUCUUGGCUUCUUCAUGCUCCCUCUUGGCCUCCUGUGCGUGGCUACAGGCGCCCUAGCCUUGUGCUUGUACAUCUAUGCUGGGCUCCACAACUUCCACGCCGCCUGCGCUGUUGGGGUGACAUUCACACUGGCAGCAGCAGCGCAGCUCUGGAGACGGCUGUCCCUCCGGACAUCGCUCCAGAACCAGCUUGAUCACUUCAGGACCAAAGUGGCGAGUGUUCCACCACUUGAAUGCCCACGCGGAGCCGAUCGUGGAAUCACAACUGCAAGGUUGUUGGAGCUGUGGCAGGCAUUUGAGGUCCAUAUUCGAGACAGAGACAUGUAUUUUGUUGUUGCAAACCUUGUGAAACCCUUGACUUCUACCUGCAAGCUCUCUUACGUUGAGUAUGUGGGCCCGGCCCAGUUUGCGUGGUUUGUGAGCCAUUUCUGGGGUACCCCCUUUUGCCAUUUCAAAGAUGCCCUGCGCCAUCACACCAGAUGGGUCGGGGAGAAGCUUGAUUGUGCAUAUUGGAUCUGCUCCUUCAGCAAUAACCAGUGGGCUAUUCAAGCAGAGCUUGGUUCUACCUGCGAAGAGUCGUCAUUCUUCCUUGCACUGAACAGCCAGAGCUGCAGAGGAACUGCAAUGGUUCUGGAUGAGGAGGUCAAGCCUCUCACAAGGUCGUGGUGCUUGUUUGAAGUGCUUCAGACGCGACUGCUGAAAGAGCGUCGCAGCGACUACAGAGGCCUGUCUCUCUGCACAAAUUCCGGCGUCUUGGGUCAUGGCUCGGGUUUAGAUGUGGCGCUGGCAGUUGGCCGGCACUUGACGAGUUUGCGGUUGGAGGAUGCCAGUGCCUCGGAGCCUGCGGACAAGAAGAUGAUCGAUGAGAGGGUGGAGUGCAUGGCUGGUGGCUUCGAGGCCACGAACGAGUUUGUUCGGGUGACCAUUCGGGAGGCCCUGGAGUUGGCGGAGGCUUCCUUUCAAGAUGACCUGUCAAAGGUGGUGGCCAUGCUGAGUUGA